GGGUCGACGAAACUUCAUAGACGAGAACCUCUGUUUCUAAACAGUAACUAUCGGCAACCGACUCCGCACCAAGACCUUGUCAUCACGUGAGACUCAUGCAACCAAUCUCUUUUUGCUUUUUCUGCCAUAUCAAGCACGGCAUAGUACAGUCCUCGACGUGACGCCGGGAUACAGUGGCCAGGGGAAGGUAUUUUAUAUAUUGGUUGUAUGAUUUACUACUUUUUGAACGACAUUUGAUACUCUGCCUUUCUGCCGAACCCCUUGCACGCCGCCAUGGCCUCCCAAUACCCCCCUACCAAUCCCAACUCCAACCCCGACAAGAUGAUGGAUCUCGAAAUCCUCCAGCUGCAGGAGGAACUGACCCGGAUGCGCAAACAACGAGCUCUAUUACAACUGCGCAGUGAAAUUGCGAAGGAACAACAGCUGCUGGCCGAAGCACAGCAGAGCCUCGGGUUAGCUGAGCUGCCAGCAGUCCCGUCAGAGCAGCCGGUAGAAGAACAGCUGGCUGAACGGUUGGCUGAAAGGCUACCGGAACGCCCUGUGUUCAAUCCGCCGCCUGGCCCAAGGCUGAGGUCGGUUCCUCCGACAAAUCCUACAACCGAUGACGUGGAUGAAUUGAUCCGAGGAAUCAAGCGGUCACACUCAGAGUCGAGCGAUUUUAAUGGUAGAAACGGGCUGGAGACUGUGCAAGAGCAGAGGCCCAUGGGACAGGAUAACAACGGGGAGGAAGGACAGCAGCAGCCGCCACUGGAACCUAUUUCACGGCAAGGAUCGAGUGGUCGCGAGAGGACACAGGAUGAACUAGAGGACGUGGAAGUUCCUCCUACAUUCACUGUCAAGAGACAGUAUCGGGGAGCGAGUCGAAAGGAGUACAAUCUUACUAUUGAGUUUCUGCAGAGUCACUUUGCUCAAUACGAGCACUACUAUGCGUCUGAUGAGCGCAAGAUUGAAGAAGGCUUGCGGCAUGUGGUCCCGGACAUCGAGCGAGCUUGGGACCUUCAUGUGGUUAACAAUGACAGGGUUGAACCCACAUGGUCGAAUUUCUGCAAAUUCCUGCUAUCAAGGAUCAUUAAUCUUGUUGAUCCUACCGUCGCCCGACGGCAGUACUAUGGCCGGUCCCAGCGGGAGAACCAGACCGUGCGCGAGUUCUCAAACCACCUGGGGUCAUGGGAGUCAAAUCUGGAAGAACUCUUGACGGAGGGGCAGCGGAUCCAGAAUCUGUGGGAGCGCGUGCUACCCUCGGUGCGGGAAGAGGCCAUGCCUUACCAGUACCAAAGCGACAGAUACCAGGAUCAUAUUGCCCAUCUGCAGUCAGUGGAAAGCCACAUGCCAUCGCGGGCACAUAUGCAGAAGAAGAUAGCUGCCGCUGCCGCUGCCGCCGCCAAAAACAAGCAUUACCAGAAAUAUGGUUACCAGCAGAAUUUUUCGAGAAGCGCGCCUAAGCACCCCAGGGCUAAAAGGCCGCGGAUGAACAAUCCUAUCAAUUAUCCUAUGAACAAUUCUUAAGAGAAUUGAAACAGGAUAAUAAAUCUGAAGGACGCUGGUUCUGAAAGACUGGAGCAUGGAUCUCCGGCUAUCUGUCUUGCAUCAGAGUACAAUGUACAGUGAACUAUUGAAUCACUAUAUGCUCAGCCGGUAUCUCUGUUGCGCAUUGCAGUCAUUCGAGUGGAUAACCUUGGUUAACUGCUCAACAUGCAUACAAUGUGAACACAAGCCAGUCGAUAGCCGGUAGGUAGCCUUGGGCUAUGUGUCCCUCAGAUCUGAGUCAGAGCUCUUUGUGGCUGGAAACCAGCCUGGACAAAUAUCCAUCAACUAUUCUGCCUUUCGUCUUGCAUUGAGCAGGGUGCUAAGUUGAUACCCGAAUAGCAUUGCUUGAGUCAAUAAUACAGCUAAACAUUGUCUUUGUCAGGAGAACUUAGAGCUCGC